UUCCAGGAAUAAAUUUCUCUGUGUGCAAUAUAGCUUUUUAUAUUAUCCAAUGAUAUGAUUUCUGUGAUGAACGGUAUCAAUAAUCCGGCAUCGUUCGGCUUCUCCGGAAGUUUCAUGGAUAAACCGUUUUAUCAGAAAUUUGCUACUGCUAACGUUACAACACCAGCUUCUGUAGCUGUAGUUGUAACCACAGCUGCUGCGACAGCUGCAUCAUCUUCAGGAUCAAGCGCAACAAACGAAAACGACAGGACCAGUACUCCACCUGCACUUGCAACCAGUUCGUCGUCUGCUGCUUCAUCGUCGCAAGUGAUGAAUGUAAUGAGUAGCUUACCCGGUACGCAUCAUGCCCAUGCCGGACACUCACAGCAUUAUCCAUAUAGUUAUGAUUGGACAUCACCGCAUCAAGCUGCCGCUGCUGCUCAAGCUGCACAUCUCUCUGCGCAACAAGCUGUUGUACAGCAAGCCGCUGCUGUUGCUGCCAAUGUUGCUUCUGUUUCUUCCGCUUCCGUAUCAUGUGUGCCAUCGUUAGGUUCCUCAGGAAUAGCAUCACCAAAUGCUGUCGCCAAAGCCGCUUUCCUUUCACCAUCUACUGCUACCGGCAAGUUUACAUACUUUCAUUUCAUCCAAAUUUUCAAAUGUUUCGAUAUGAUGAAUCCGAUGUGUCAGGCAGAUUUUUACGGGUCUAAUUUUCAUGCAGCUCACGCAGCGGCUGUAGCCACUGGACAUACAUGGGCAUACGGUUAUCCGCAACAGUAUCCUUUUGGAGCACAUCCAUAUCCAGGAAGUAUGGUAGCCGAUAUGACUGGUUUAGCAGGUUAG